AUGUAUUAAUCAUAUGAAAAACAAUCAUAUUCACUAAACAGUGAACCUCCACUUAAAAGGCAUCUUUAUUCUAUUGAGAAUUACAUAAAACUGUUUUAUGUUGUUUUAGUAUCCUUUUAAUUUAAUGGCUGUUAUAUUGGAAUAAUAAGCUCAGUUUUAGGGCUGAUUAGACGAAAAUCCAUGCACACUGAUUUUACAAUGAAUAUACUCUAUUUAAUGAAUAUUAGUCUUUUUAAAUGUACCAACAAUUUCAUGUAUCAUCUACCAAUUGUAAUACAUUAUGUAGUUGGCAUUACAGAAUACAUUAAUUUACGAGGAGGAUUUAUGUAUGAUGGUAAGAAAUUUUGAUAUUUUAUAGUAUGCAGAAACUUUGUUUUUACAAUAUAAUUUACUAAAGAAUUUUUUUUCGAUUUUAGAUGCAAAUAUGAGUUGUUGCUAGUUCCUUUAAGUGUAGUAAUGGUAAUUGUGAGUGAUUCUUCAUGGUGGCUAGUAAUUUUACACUCAUUUUACGUUGUAACUAAAACCGUAGCAAACAAAGUAUUUCAUUAAUGAAAUAAUAUUUAGGAAAUGCUUGAUGUUUGUAUGUAUUACAAAAAGAAAUUGAGAUUGAUAUUAUUGAUAUGA